AUAGAGAGAUUCCAGCAGUCUGGACCCAGCACAGUACGCCACAUCUAGCUCCAGAGGCAGAGGACUUUUCCGGAUGUCUUCACCGCAAGCAGUAUUGGCUUUAAGACAGGAGAAAUUUGAUUUGUGAAAUGGAAAUUGUUUUGAAUUUAAAUCUUAUCACACACAAACUGGAGUUAAGCAAAGAACAGUGAUUCUGUUCCCUUUAAGUUUGAGGACACCAGUCUUCACAAUGGGGCAAUUAAGGAUUCUACUGGUUAUGUUGUAUUUCGCCAACCACUCCCGGGUAUCUAACACGUACUCUAAUACAACCUGGAACAGACAGAGGAUCCCAAUGCUCCUUCCUCAAGAAACAGUGAAGCUAGGCAAGCCGCGAUUUUCUGCCAAAGCCAAACCGGACCUGAUAACCCACUGCAAUGCAGAGUGCCUGUGGAGAGAAGCUCACCCAUCCUUAGAGGACUUGAAGGAAAAUCUCUCUUUUGAAACAAUUUACACCAAUGGCACUCGAACCCUUACCAAGGUAGACAUCUCUGGCUUUGGCUUCAACUCCCUACUCUCAGAAACGCGCCCCCCGCGGCAGUCACGGUCCCGGCGCAAGCGACAGAUCUUUGGGGCGGAUGGCAGGUUCGAUAUUCGUGGAAAGAAGUUCCUGCUCAACUUCCCAUUUUCUACAACAGUGAAGAUCUCCACAGGGUGCACGGGCAUCCUGGUGUCAGAGAGACACGUGUUAACCGCAGCACAUUGCAUCCACGAUGGGAAGGAUUAUGUCAAAGGAGCAAAAAAGUUAAAGGUUGGGUUUUUAAUAGAGAAUCUGAAAGCCCAGUUGCCAAAAAGCUCUAAGCUUCCACCAAAACUCUUGACAAGGUGGUCACGGGUCAAACGCACACAGGUUCCAAGGGGCUGGAUACGAUCUCAGAAUGAACUCAGUAUGGACUAUGACUAUGCGUUGUUGGAACUGAAGAGGCCACAUAAUAAACCAUACAUGGAGUUCACAGUUAUGCCAUCUUCAGCCCAAGUGGCUGGCAAGAGAAUUCACUUUUCUGGAUUUGAUAGUGACAGACCUGGGCAACUGGUGUAUCGAUUUUGCUCCAUAAUCAAUGAGACACCUCAUCUUAUUUACCAGCACUGUGAUGCCCAACCGGGUUCUAGUGGUUCUGGUGUGUACGCCAAGUUGUGGUUGCCAGAGAAACACGAAUGGGAAAGGAAAAUCGUUGGAAUAUUUUCGGGCCACCAGUGGGUGGACCUCAACGGGGUGCAGCAAGAUUACAACGUGGCAGUCCGAAUCACACCGCUGAAGUAUGCACAAAUCUGUUAUUGGAUCAAAGGGAAUUACAGCGAAUGCUACUCCAAUUGAAUCCUUUCAAACAGCAUUGCAAGGAAAAGCAAAUGCCACUUUCAUUUUAAACAGUUUCAUUCCCUACACAUUGGCUUGUUAAAGAGUACAAGAAUACAGAGGGUUGGGCCUACCCUGAAUUCAUUCCUCGGUAAAGGAGGUUGCAGCUGAGGUUGGGGAAUUUUACGAGUCUUGGUAUGUCCAGGGGAAGGUUGCUAAGUUUAAAAAUUAGCAGCUUAGGAUGGAAGAAAAUCCACAGUCAAGUUCUCAUAGUAUUUCCAGUUGGUAACAGCAAUAUAUUGAAAACUGAUGUUAUAUAAUAAAUACUAAUUAAGUGAAAUUCUUUUUAAAUUUCAAACAUUUGUUGGUGGUGAGUUUUUAA